AUGAAGCUUCUCGGACUUCUUAUGGUCGCCCUCUUCGUGGUGGCGGCGAGCGGGAAGCAGUGCGCGACGUUCGACCGGCUGAUGGACUACGACCCCACCGCCCCCCUUCCCCCGGGAUACAGCGAAACCGGUAUUCCAGGCGUCAUCCUCAACGAACACAACAAGGUGGUGCGAAUCGACAGCGAGCCCGGCCAGCCCGCCAACUUUGCCCAUCUUCAGGGCGUGUCCAACUCCUACUAUGGCUCGCCUCUGUGCGUGCUCAUCAUUGACUGCGGAGCCGCUAACGCUGAGCACAUCACUGCCGCGGUGACCAACGUCAACAGGAACGACACCCCGGUCCAGUUCAACCUGGAGGCCCUCUGCUCGCAGGACGGCCUUUUCUUUGGCUGCGUCGACACCUCGUUCGUGCCCGCCAGCGGUUGGGCUAUGGACGAGAACGUCGUCGUUGGCGAGUUCGGCGAUGAGCUCGAGAUCAGCUACUCGCCUGCUCAGCCCAUCGACGGUGUCUUCGUCGACUUCCGAUACUCUGUAUGGCUGAGCUGCAAGGAGCACAAGGAGUGGACCUUCGAGACCAUCAGCGACCUCAUGCUCAAGGACGCCAUCGCCAGGAACGUGAAGAAGCUGAAUAAGCUCAAGGAGAAGAUCGCCCUGCUUCAGAACAUUCUCUUCGAAAGCACCGAGCAUUCGUGCGAGAGCAUCUCGAACGUCGUGAACCUCGCUCCGGCUGCCCUCCACUCCUUCCAGUUCCUCGAUGAAUGCAUCAUCGACAGAAACUCGCAAGCUGCGGACUUCCUGACCAGGGUGAACCAAGCCUAA